AGGGAUGAUCCUCCUCCUGCCCCAGUCAACCACUUCAUUGAUUUUGUGGUAUAUAAAAUGGACCAUCACUGCAUUUUAGCUUUUUGUGAGAUGCUGUUUGAGAGUAUUGAACUUUGAGUGUGUGUAAGUGUGUGUUUUUAAUUUAUGGCCUCUGUGGAACCUGAAGAAAAGACCACACUUCAUUCUGAAAUGCAGCAGAUGUACGGCUGCACAGAUGAGUCAAAAAACAGGAGUAGCUGCAUGGCCCGUCUUACAGGACAGAGGCAGACUGUGGAGUCCAGCCAAAAAGUCAAACGGAAGUCAUUGUGGAAGACGUUCCUAAUUUGGCACAUCGGGGAGGAAUGGAUCAUUCUCAUCCUGUUAGGAAUCAUCCCAGGCUUCCUCAGCUGGGCCAUGGAUUAUGGCAUAGACUUUGGCCUGCACUCUACGAGGAAGUUGUAUGAGAUGGCACAUUAUAACGUAUUCCUGCAGUAUCUGGCCUGGAUUUCUAUCCCCAUACUGCUGAUCUGCUUUGCCACCAUAUUUACUUGCUUUGUAGGACCACAAGCUGCAGGAUCCGGAAUCCCAGAGAUGAAGACGAUUGUAAAAGGAGUGAUGGUUAAAGAUCACCUGAGCCUCAAUACACUGCUGGCCAAACUGGUCGGUCUGACCUGCGCUCUGGGCAGUGGCAUGCCUCUAGGGAAAGAGAGUCCUUUUGUUCAUAUAGGAAGCAUCUGUGCAUUACAGCUCCACCGGUUAAGGGCGUUCAUCGGAGGUGUUAAAGCGAGUGAGUCUCAGGCCAUCGAGCUGCUGAUUACUGGUGCUGGUGUUGGAAUUGCCUGCUGCUUUGGCUCACCCAUUGGAGGAAUCCUGUACAGUAUAGAAGUGGCCACGUCAUUCGUCAUGGUCCGCUGUUACUGGAAAUGUUAUGUUGCUGCUACCAUCAGUGCCUUCGUAUUUAGAAUCCUGCCGGCGUGGAGUGGAAAAAAUGAAAAUAUUAUUCCUCUAUUUAACACUGAUUUUCGUCUGGAAUUUCCCUAUGAACUCCAUGAGUUUCUGUCCUUCACCAUCCUGGGGAUUCUGAGUGGGCUUUUUGGAGCAUGUUUUGUCUUUGUGAACGGCGUAAUGGUGCGUUUCAUCAGGAGCCCUCACCGCAUUAGCAGGUUCCUCGCCAAGACUCGUGUGCUGUAUCCCGUUAUUGUCACGCUGGUUAUCUCUACAUUGACCUUUCCUCCUGGAUUUGGACAGUUCAUGGCAGGCGAGCUCACUCAGAGGGAAACUCUCCUCGCACUUUUUGACAACCACACCUGGUCAAAACAUUUUGAAGGCCACCAUUUUGAUCACUCAGACCAUUCCGUGGCAUGGAAACACCCACGAGUCAACGUCUUCGGCACACUCGCUAUCUCGUUAAUCACAAAGUUCUUCAUGUCAGCAGUGGCCAUCUCCAUGCCUGUCCCCUGUGGAGCGUUUGUACCUGCUUUUGUCAUCGGUGCAGGUCUUGGCCGAUUAGUUGGUGAAGUGGCAGCUGUUGUUUUACCUGAAGGAGUUUAUUCAAAUGGCACUGUUUACUCUUUAAUACCUGGAAGCUAUGCUGUAGCAGGAGCAGCAGCAAUGUCUGGUGCAGCCACUCAUACCAUCUCCACAGCCAUGAUAGUUUUCGAGUUGACCGGUCAGAUCAACUUCCUCUUCCCAAUAUUAUUUUGUGUUAUAAUAGCUAAUAUCGUAGCACAAAGUCUGCAGCCAUCACUAUACGAUUCGCUCAUAUGUAUCCGGAAACUUCCGUAUCCUGUAGACAUUAGCUGGGACCACAAGGGAGAGUCUGAUAUUCGUGUGGAGGACAUCAUGGUGAACGAUGUGAAAUACAUCACGCUGAACUCCACGUACAGAGACCUGCAGGACCUCCUGCUCACAAAGCUAAGGACUCUUCCCUUAGUAAAAUGUGAAGAGUCAAAGGUAUUACUGGGUUCUAUGGAGCGUACACAGCUGCAGGCGCUGCUGUCCAAUCAGCUCAGCCGAAUGCGGAGACUCAAAUACGUCCAUCGGCAAGCACAGAACAAGGAAGAUGUCCUUGAGACCUCUGUAGUUGGACCAUCUGAGUCGUUUUCUUCACCAUUAACAGAGAGAGGUUACGAAGGUUCAGAUGUUACCAUUAAAAGCCUCUUGUGUGGCCAUUCUAGUGUGGAUAUAGAGGAGGAUCCUGAUGUGAAAGAUACUAUGACAAUGAGAGAGAUCAUCACGUGGGAAGAGCAACAGCUUGAUGAAAAGGUCGACUUUAACCUCUGUAAGAUUGACCAUGCCUCUGUACAGAUAUUAGAAAAAACCUCUCUGCAGAAGGUCCACAAGAUCAUCUCAAUGAUGGCUUUGGACCAUGCAUAUGUCACAAGUGUCGGGAGACUUGUAGGAGUUGUGUCACAUAAAGAGCUCCGGAAGGCCUUUGAGACUUCAGUAAAGGUUUCAGGAGCCAAAGCACACGCACCAAUGGCCAGCUUUAGAGAGAACAGCGCCAGGUUUAGGAAGACGGCAACACCAGAGGCCACAGAGCUCCACAAACUUCUGGGUAGCCAAACGAAUCUGAACCAGAUCACUUAACAUUACAGCUAAAUCACUGUACUGUUGAAAUGUGACACUUACCUAUAACAUUAAAAGUUCAUUCAACAGUU